GCCCCAAAAACCUUUAUCUUCCUCCGUCCAUCACUCAGUUGGGUGACCUCUUGGCUCUUCCUCGAUUUGAUCGUUCCUCUUUCUCUCUCUACCAAAUAUAUUUCUCUCUCUCUGUCUGUCUCUCUCUCUCAUUCUUUGCCAGUAAUGGCAGUGCAUCAGUGGCAGUGCAAGAAAAGGGUGGAGAGUUUUCAUUGGGAAGGUAAAGCUUUGCACCUGUGCAUCAAAACACUUACAUGAGCCACCGCCCCUUCUUCUAUAAGCGCUCUCUCUCUCUCUCUCUCUCUCUUUCUCUGACUCUCUCUGCCUAUCCAGCGUGCGCUCUGUGCAUGUGAUUGUGAAUCCCUUGUCUCACUCUACUCAUACAUCCUACUUAGACUCUGAGAGAGGGAGAGUUAAUGCUGCUAACGCGCGAGCAGAAAGAUAACACCCAUUUUCCAAAGGAAAUCUAAGCAGGCUUUGCCAGACCACUACCACUAUCAUUAUUUUUAGGAUUUCCUGUAAAAAGCCCUGAAUGUUGUAGCAUAAAACCCGGGAGAGCUAGCCCUGGAGACAACCUUCUUUAGCGCAAAAAGAUUGCGUCGGAGAGAGAGAGAGAGAGAGAGAGAGAGAGGAGAGAAGAGAUAGAGAGAGAUAAUGGAGAGUGGCUCUAAUGGCACUUCUUGUAUGAUGGCUUUUGGAGAAAACAGUUAUGGCUUAUGUCCAAUGAUGAUGAUGAUGCCUCUAAUGACUUCUCAUCAUGGUCAUCAUCAUCCUAAUACAGACACAAACAAUACUCUAUUCCUCCCUUUACCUCCCACCAACAAUCAAAAUCGUGACACUAACACCUCCUCUUUCGUUCUUCAUGACCACAACAAUAAUAGCAACACCGGCUUUUAUAACAUGGAGAGCAACAACAAUAACAACAACGACGGCAACAAUUCUGCUGUGAAGGCUAAGAUCAUGGGUCAUCCUCACUAUCACCGACUCUUGGCUGCCUAUGUCAAUUGUCAAAAGGUUGGGGCACCGCCUGAAGUGGUGGCAAGGCUAGAAGAAGUCUGUGCAUCAGCGGCGGCAACGGGCCAGACAGGGACCGGCUGCAUCGGUGAAGAUCCGGCUCUGGAUCAGUUCAUGGAGGCCUACUGUGAGAUGCUGACUAAGUACGAGCAAGAGCUUUCAAAACCCUUUAAGGAAGCCAUGAUUUUUCUUCAAAGGAUCGAGUGCCAAUUCAAAGCCCUAACAAUUUCUUCUUCAGAUUCUGCUUUUGGCGAGGCUGUGGAUAGGAAUGGAUCGUCUGAAGAAGAGGUUGAUUUGAAUAAUAACUUCAUUGAUCCGCAGGCAGAGGACCGGGAGCUUAAAGGUCAGCUUUUGCGUAAAUACAGUGGAUAUUUAGGCAGUCUGAAGCAGGAGUUCAUGAAGAAGAGGAAAAAAGGAAAACUGCCUAAAGAAGCCAGGCAGCAGUUGCUGGAUUGGUGGAGCAGGCAUUACAAAUGGCCGUACCCAUCGGAGUCGCAAAAGCUGGCUCUUGCAGAAUCUACGGGGCUGGAUCAGAAGCAAAUAAACAACUGGUUCAUUAAUCAAAGAAAACGGCACUGGAAGCCUUCAGAAGACAUGCAGUUUGUGGUGAUGGAUGCUACCAAUCCCCACUAUUACAUGGACAAUGUCUUGGGCAACCCCUUUCCCAUGGAUAUUUCGCCCACGCUGCUCUGAAGAUUAUAAUUAUCCACAAUAUCAUAUUAUAUAUAUAUAUAUAUAUAUGGAAUGUUGUUGCACCUCUAAACUAUAUCCUCUGACAUCGCUUUAUAUCAUGUUAUCAUAUUAACUCAUGUAGAGUCUAUUUAAUCAGUUCUCUUAUUUAUAUAGAGGGGUUAAAGUGCUGCUUUUCAUAUAGUUGGAGUUGCUCCAUUUGGGUGGGACUAGAACUAACAGUAUAUAUUACUAAGUUUGUACUUCUAAGCUGAAAGCUUGUAGCACUUCGUUUUGAACUUCUAUGAAAGC